AGUCUAGCUUUUAACGCCGCAGCGUUUGCAUUAUCAUUAUAAUAUAUAUGACGGAGGAUUGGCGUGCGUGCCUAUAUUAUUGAUUCCGCCUAUCGUAUUGCUAACUUGAGAUGAGCGCGGCAAAGGAUACUGUUUCCUUAAUAUCGGAAUCUCAAGGAGCUGGAGGACGUCGACCCAGUCGAUGGCCAUCCGUAAGUAGAACUUUGGACCUUAUUCCGAAUGAUCAAAGGCGGGCGAGUUUGGCAAGAAAAGAGUCUCUUAAUAUACCCGGUAAAGUAGAAUCCGGAACAGAUCAGGCGGGAAGGGAUAGUCCGAAUCAAAGGGGCUCCAUAGGCUCAAGAAGAGAAAGUAACCGAUCUAAUGAAUCAAGAGUAAGCGCAAUUGACUUUUCAAAGUUGGAGAAUAACGGAACGAAGAAAGAAGACGAAGAUAAGGGGAAAACAGUAACGAAUACUGAUUCAUUCAUAAGAACAGCAAUACCUUAUUUACCUCCUUCCGUUGCUGUUUUGUGUCUAAUCCUCAACAUCGUAGUCCCAGGAACAGGAACAAUUUUGAGCGGACUGUGUUUGUUGUGCUGCGGAAAAUCAAGAUUGGCAAGUAAAGACGACGCAGUUAUGACAGUUUUAUGCGUAAAUAUAUGUAUUGGAAUAUCACAGUUGUUUACAGUAACCUUUCUUCUGGUUGGAUGGUUCUGGAGUUUAACUUGGGGUAUUUACAUGGUAAUUUUAGCUGCUGAAUAUCGUAAAGAACAAAAGAUGAAAAGAGAAAAACAAUUACAAGCUAUGGCACUAACAGCUUUCGGUUCCCCUAUUCGACCUUGUCAUAUAAAUUGUCAUAUACCCAUUGAUGAGGAAUCUGUUUGGCCAUGGGCGAGAAGCGGUCAUCAGAUGGUCUCUGACAAUAAUUAUUCGCUGUAUUUGUAUGGGGGUUAUAACCCUUUCUUUAUGGCCUGCACAAAUCCAAAAUAUCCUCUGUUUCCUGAAUUAUGGAGGUAUAAUACUAUCACAAGAGAAUGGGCUUUUCUAGAGACGGAAGGUGAUGCGCCUCAACAUUGUGCAUCUCAUUCAAUGUUUUAUUAUGAUUGCAAAUUGUGGGUGAUUGGAGGAACGGGAUUCCCUUUUGGUUAUGGACUUAAUAGUGAAAUAUAUUGCUGUGACUUGAAAACUCUUACAUGGAAAAUGGUUAAUUCUUCGGGAAAACGACCUAUGCCUUCCUACGGUUCGGCUGUGGCCUUGGAAAAAAAUAAACUUUGGCUCGUACUUGGAACCAGCGGUUAUAUAUAUCAUAAUAACAUAUGCUGUCUAAACUUGAAAACUUUUGAAUGGGAGGAAUAUACAACAGAAUUGAACGCACCUCAAACUAGGAACAUACUUUUAUGCAAAUUUAUGUAUCGUCACGAGAUAGUAAUUCAUAAUAGUCAAUUUAUCUUGAUUGGAGGUGGUACGAAAGAAGAAGUGUUCUCUUUGAAGUGCUUGGACGUUUUCGAUUUGGAAAAAAGGAGUUGGUCGAAAGUGAUGACCAUACUUGAUUCUAAACACACAAAGCAGAGCUAUCCACUAGAAAGGAUGUGUCACUCAGUGUCAAAAUGGAAAAGUAAAUGCUAUAUACUAGGAGGCAAAAACAAUACAGGAAUUUUAAACGAUAUUUGGGAGCUAGAUUUAGAUACAUUCUCAUGGAAGCUCUUAGCAUGGAGCUUAAAUGUUCAAGUUAAUUUUCAUGCAGCAUCGAUGCUAAAUAACGGAAGGUUAUUUUGGUACGGUGGUAAUCUCAGCUUACAAGAAUUUUCUUCCGCCAGUUUUAAAUUCGAAAAACAAAACAGAACUGCCCGCCUCUGUUCUUUAUCUGUUCAACUGCCUACCUUAGAAGAACUAUCGAUAUAUGCGCUUUUUAGAUACUUUCCACAAUUACGACUAUUGGAUCGACAAGAAUUAAGAUCCUUAGGAGUUCCAGUAUAUUUUGUUAAUAUUAUUAAAGGACAACAAGGCUCUCCACCUCCAAAAAUUUUUAAUAAACUGCAAACUUUCAAAUUGACAACAGAAGAUUACGAAGUGAAUGAUUCGUUGGUUGAUAAAGCAAAUGAUAUUUUUACGAAGGCAUUUGGAUCAUUUUAG